AUGAUCCAAUACUUUUCAUCUACAUCAAGCAUUUCUACAACUUCUCAAGAAGGGGCUCAAAGCCAAAAAGUGCCACUUCGCAAGGAGAAUCGAGCUCCUCCAAACGACGACGACGACGACAACAACAACGACGACGACAGCAACAACGACGACGACAGCUACAACGACGACGACAGCAACAACGACGACGACAGCAACAACGACGACGACAGCAACAACGACGACAACAGCAACACCGACGACGACAGCAACAACAACGACGACAGCAACAACGACGACGACAGCAACAACGACGACGACAGCAGCAACGACGACGACAGCAACAACGACGACGACAGCAGCAACGACGACGACAGCAGCAACGACGACGACAGCAGCAACGACGACGACAGCAGCAACAACGACGACAGCAGCAACGACGACGACAAAAACAACGACGACGACAGCAACAACGACGACGACGACAACAACGACGACGACGACAACAACGACGACCACGACAACAACGACGACGACGACAACAACGACGACGACGACGACGACAACAACGACGACGACGACAACAACGACAGCAACAACGACGACGACAGCAACAACGACGACGACAGCAACAACGACGACGACAGCAACAACGACGACGACAGCAACAACGACGACGAAAGCAACAACGACGACGACAGCAACAACGACGACGACAGCAACAACGACGACUACAGCAACAACGACGACGACAGCAACAACGGCGACGACAGCAACAACCGCGACGACAGCAACAACGGCGACGACAGCAACAACGACGACGACAGCAACAACGACGACGACAGCAACAACGACGACGACAGCAACAAGGGCGACGACAGCAACAACGGCGACGACAGCAACAACGGCGACCACAGCAACAACGACGACGACAGCAACAACGACGACGACAGCAACAACGACGACAACAGCAACAACGACGACAACAGCAACAACGACGACGAUAGCAACAACGACGACGACAGCAACAACGACGACGACGACAACAACGACGACGACAGCAACAACGACGACGACGACAACGACAACGACGACGACAGCAACGACGACGGCGACAGCAACAACGACGACGACGACAACAACGACGACGACGACAACAACGACGACGACGACGACGACGACGACAAUGACGACGACGACGACGACGACGAGAACGACUACGACGACGACAACGAGGACGAGGACGACAACGACGACAACGACGACAACGACAGCAACUACGACGAUGACGACAACAAUGACGACGACGACAACGACGACGACGAUGACAACAACGACGACGACGACAACAACGACGUCGACAGCAACAACGACGGCGACAGCAACAACGACGGCGACAGCAACGACGACGACGACGACGACGACAACAACGACGAUGACGACAACAACGACGACGACGAUGACAGCGACGACGACGACGACAACGACGAUGACGACGACAACGACGACGACGACGACAACGACGACGACGACGAUGACGACGACGACGACGACGACGAUAGCAACAAUGACGACGACAGCAACAACGACGACGACAGCAACAACGACGACGACAGCAACAGCGACGACGACAGCAACAACGACGACGACAGCAACAACGACGACGACAGCAACAACAACGACGACAGCAACGACGACGACGACGACAGCAACAACGACGACGACAGCAACAACGACGACGACAGCAACAACGGCGACGACAGCAACAGCGGCGACGACGCCAACAACGACGACGACGGCAACUACGACGACGACAGCAACGACGACGAUGACUGCAACGACGACGAUGACAGCAACAACGACGACGACAGCAACGACGACGACGACAGCAACAACGACGACGACGACGACAACGACGACGACGAAAACAACGACGAUGACAGCAACAACGACGACGACAGCAACAACGACGACGACAGCAACAACGACGACGACGGCAACAACGACGACGACAGCAACAACGAUGACGACAGCAACAACGCCGACGACAGCAACAACGACGACGACAGCAACAACGGCGACGAUAGCAACAACGGCGACGACAGCAACAAGGGCGACGACAGCAACAAGGACGACGACAGCAACAACGACGACGACAGCAACGACGACGACGACAGCAACAACGACGACGACAGCAACAACGACGACAACAGCAACAACGGCGACGACAGCAACAACGGCGACGACAGCAACAACGGCGACGACAGCAACAACGGCGACGACAGCAACAAUGGCGACGACAGCAACAACGACGAUGACAGCAACAACGACGACGACAGCAACAACGACGACGACAGCAACAACGACGACGACAGCAACAACGAGGACAACAGCAACAACGACGACGACGACAACAACGACGACGACGACAACAACGACAACGACGACAACAACGACGACGACAACAACAACGACGACGACGACAACAACGACGUCGACAGCAACAACGACGGCGACGGCA